AUGUAUUGGGAGCAACUGGAGCUGCGCUGUAGGUCUCUCUACCGACCUUCAGCUGGACAGGCUGCACCAUCAGCUGGUAGACCGGUUCAGGCAACCUAUACUCUCCCAACCCCGGUACAGGCAGGAAGACCUCAGCUUGGAGCUGGUUCCCUUGGCCCAGGAGUAAUAGUCAGAAUUCUCGCUGCAGAAUGGGUGUGCCCCAAUCAGGGGAUAGUGCCUACGGAUUUUGCGAAACGGAAGCUGCGCAAACGCAACAAACGCAAGGAUACGACGACAGAUACCCUCACUCGUUCAACCAAACUCCGUUCAAUAGAGCGCAGACUUCUGGCACGUUUGCGCAAGGAACCAGUUUUGCGCAAGUACAAGGAAACUUUGCGCAAGGAUCGGGAAGUUUUGUUCAGGGCCAAGGUAACUUCCCUCAGCCGAAUUUCUCUCAAGAAGGCUUUGGCGAGGCGAGUGGAAGUUUCGACGCGGCGACCGGAGUAUGGGGACCUCCCCCUCCUUAUAGUCCUCAGGGACGGAGUGGCUGAAUGCUGCAUGAAUGCCAACGUCUCAGCUCUAGUGGGCACCAUAGAGAACCAUCCAGAGUCAACGUCGGAGUCCGACACAGGGUCCUUUACCCUAACGCGACAGCAGCGCCCCCAACCGCAAGUCGGAUCCAAGCGGAGACCAAGGCAAGCUGAGAAACACAUCAAAAACCAAGAAAAAAUGAGACAAGUUCUAAAUAACUCAAUAAGAUUGACCGAACAUCAAAUUGAACAGCUCAACAAUUCCAUGAGAAUGAAUGAACGAAUGGAACGUGAACGAAUGAGCGACCGUAUGAAUGAGACCAGGUUAAGUGAACGCAUAAAUGAUUCUAGGGAUAGGUUAAACGAUAGAGAGCGCAUUGAACGUAUGAAUGAUUGUAGGAUUAGUGACCGAAUGAAUGAAACAAGGUUAAGUGAGAGAAUGAACGAUUCCAGGGAUAGAUUGAAUGAAGGGAGGGUGUGUGAACGUGAACGAAUGGAGAGGUUAAAUGACUCACGUAUUAGUGACAGAAUGAAUGAAACAAGGAUGAGCGAGCGUAUGAACGAAACAAGAAUGAGUGAGCGCAUGAACGAUUCCAGGGACAGACUAAAUGAUUCACGGAAUUGUGAAGUGAUUGAUCCUAGAAUAGAAAGAAUGAACGAUUCCAGAAUCAGCGAUAGAAUGAAUGAAACUAGAAUAAGCGAACGUAUGAACGAUUCACGCGUCUGCGAGCGUAUGAACGAAGCAAGAAUGGAAAGAAUGAACGAUUCUAAACUAAGUGACAGGAGUGAUACCCGUCACAGUGACCGAAUGAACGACUCCCGUCUUGAACGCUUGAACGACUCGCGUCUUGAACGAAUGAGUGAGAUGAACUCAAGCAUUCGUAUCGACGGUAGUCCAAAAAUGCGUACACACAUAAGUCCGUUACGUAUACCUAGAUCUAGUCCUAAGAACGUGCCUAAGGAUCAUCCUAGGCAAUCAAGUUCAGACUCGAAUAAGCCAGAAUUCAGGCAAAUAUCGCCUUUAUCUCCUAAUACGGAGGAGUCGUUGUUGUCUGAUGAUGAUAGGCCUCAGGACCAAGUCUAUUCGAACGAUCCUGAGACUUCCAAGUGCUUAGGACCAGAUUCUCAAUAUGAACCUGUUAGAGAAAGUAAGGAAGAGAUCUUGAAGACCAACCACCAUCAUUGCUAUAGUGAUACUAAUACUAUGGAUUCUGGAUGGCAGAGUGGGUCUGAGAAACAGGUAACUGAUUGA